GCUAAAUAUAUUACAAGGCGAAUUUUAACGUGAAGUGAAAGCCUACUGAGGACAGUUGAAUACGGGGAUCGUGGAGGUAUUUCCCUCCCUUGCUCUUCCUUUUGAUUUAUUCCAUUUUCAACUGAAGGGUAAAUGUUGAUGAUGGAGGACGACGAAUUAGACGCUCAUCAGGUUGAUUCGGAUUUCGAGCCGCAAAGCCGGCCUCGCUCAUGCACCUGGCCGCUGCCUUGCCCGGAGGAUUUCCCCGGUGGACACGAGGUCAGCGGGGGUCUUCCACUGGCCAACAUCAAGGUGGAACCAGAGGACGUCCCGGCUUGCAUAGCGGGGCUCGUGGGCGGAACGCCGGGAGAGCUGAAGCAUCCAGCCGGCGCCCCGGCACCCACAGGCGCGACGCACCCAUGCCUGGCUGGCGCGGCGCUCGAUGUGACCGGACCGCUGCGCAAAGCCAAAUCCUCGCGGCGGAACGCGUGGGGGAACCAGUCCUACGCGGAUCUCAUUACCCGCGCCAUUGAGAGCACCCUAGAAAAGAGACUCACGCUGUCACAGAUAUACGACUGGAUGGUCCGUUAUGUGCCCUAUUUCAAGGAUAAGGGCGACAGUAAUAGCUCAGCUGGCUGGAAGAACUCCAUUCGCCACAACCUAUCCCUCCACACACGUUUUAUCCGGGUGCAGAAUGAGGGAACAGGGAAAAGCUCUUGGUGGAUGCUUAACCCAGAUGGAGGGAAGAUGGGCAAGUCCCCCCGCCGGCGAGCAGUCUCAAUGGACAACAGCACCAAAUACCUAAAAAGCAAAGGCCGCGUCAGAGGCAAGAGGGUUGGCCGUCCUGGGAUAGGAGUAGGGUCUGUUGUGAUUGGUCUUCAGGGCUCCCCCGACCAUGACAGCCCACCACGGAAAGGCCUCCCAGGAACUGGAGGUGCAUCUGGGACAGAUGGAGAGUUUGACGCUUGGACAGACCUCCAUUCCAGGGCUAGUUCGUCAGCCUCCACACUGAGUGGGCGUCUGUCACCCAUCCUUGCAGAAGGAGAGCCAGAGGAACCAGAGGAGGGUGGCCUGUCCUGUUCCACCUCCCCCCACCUCUAUCCCUCACCGACCAGUGCCCACUCUCCAUCCAGAGGGGCAGGGAAUCUCUGUCCUCCCCUCGAACAGCUGCCUCAGCUGGCUAACCUGACAGGUGCCAUCAGUCUGGAUGAACAGCUGAUGGAGGAUAGUUAUCAUCACCAUCACCCAUCGCAGCAGCAACACCAGCAGCACCAGCAGCAUCCAGCUGUUGGCAGACAUAAGCACCAAACCCCUGUCUACCACUACAGCUCGGGAGUGAAGGGUCAGAGCCCCUAUGGUGCAGGCGUCUAUGGUGCAACAGGCAUGGGGAUGCUGCGACAUCACUCACCCAUGCAGACCAUUCAGGAGAACAAGCCAGCAAGUUUCUCUGGAACCAUGCGGGCGUACUCCAGCACCAAUGCCCUGCAGAGUCUGCUAACAGGUGGUCCAGCUACGCAGCAAUACUGUUCCAAGGACAUAAUGCUGGGACAGGAGAGGGAAAGCCACCCUAUGAUGGGUCAGGCUAGUAAUGGAGUAGGCUCCAACCAUCACAGCCACCACCCUGGCCACCACAAUGGCCACAGUCACAAUGGACCUCAUAGUCACAGCUCAGCUCAUAGCCAUAACAGAACUCACAGCCAUACUAGUAGUCAUAAUCACAACAGUGUCACCAACCACAACCACAACCACAAUUCACCUCACAGCCUCGCUCACAACGGUCACAACCUUAACCAGAGCCAUAACCACACACCGCCCCGGGCUGUGGCCCUCAUCCCACGCGGCAAUAGCAAUCAGCUGCAGACCUACAACCACAAAGCUCCCUACCUGUAUAGCCCCCCUUCACAUGCCCAUCUCCCUGCUUCCACCACUCUUCCACCAAACCCAGCAGGCAUGCUUGGCAUGCCCCAGGACUCCUGCCAUGUGGCCACUGCCCCACACCCUCGUCACAACCAUUACCCUGACCCACAACAUCAAGGCAUGACUAACGGACCAUACCACCAUGGCCUUGGGAUAGUUAAUGGUAGUGUUGGUAGCAACUACCAUGGCUAUCACCAACCUCACCCCCAUGAGAGACUACCAGCUGACCUGGACAUUGACAUGUUCCACGGUAGCUUGGACUGCGAUGUGGAGUCCAUUCUCCUCCAUGACAUUAUGGACUCUGGGGAGGAGUUGGACUUUAACUUUGACUGCUCCCUAGCCCAGGGGGUUGGCAUCGGCAUGGGUAUGGGCAUGGGUGUGACCAUGGGAAUGGGAAUGGGAAUGAGUGGUCUGACUGGUCCACAGCAAGCCCAUAGCAACCAGAGCUGGGUGCCUGGCUGAAGUCUUGGACAAAACAUCUUACCCUCUGAACUAAAAGAACUACCCUAGCCAUGAAGCACUGUGCUCAACUGUGACAUUCCUGACUUGACACAGAGACUAAAGGACCAACAAUCCCGUCCCGCUUUGUUGUCUUGACAAUUCUUCUGUCACCCUAUCCUCUUCUGACUGACCCCCCGCCCCCGAGAGAUCUAGUUCAUGUCGCAUUAGGUUUUUUUUCAUAUCAGCUAUACUGUGAUGACAAUCUCUCAGCUGUGCUUGGCCAACAUCGCUUCUCAUCUACCAUGAGAACUGAACUCUCAAUGCACUUUAUUGCAAGUGGGUCACAUCUCCUAGUGCAGCACGUUCACAGAGCAGCUCAGGCAGAGCUUGGCAUGUUUUGUAAGGUGGCUGCCAUAUUUGACGGCAACAAAUUAGGAAAUCAGGAGCUCCGUAAAAAAGUGUCACAUCUUGGCAUUGAAUUAAAAUUGGACUCCUCUUCUCAUAUGGUGUCGUUGUCAGUGGUGGUGGGGACAAUCUUUAUUUUUGCAAAAAAUCCUUAGUUGCUUUGUGAUUAGAUCCGUGGUUUUUAAAGCUUUAUCUCAAACUCUUAGACAUUACCUGUUCCUUAUCACUCACUGUACCAAAUUUUAAAUAUUAAUUAAUACAAUAUUGCUACAUUUCAUACGAUAUAUUUAAAUAGAGAACUGAUCUGAAACGAGUUUACCAUUUUGAUGAUAAUGACAUUCACAUGCUCAUCAGAUACAAUUAAUUAUCGUACACCAGCAGUCCUGUUAUUUACAGCUACAUGCAUUUAGUCCUUGGCGCUUUAACUUUUCUCUUGGAUGUAACAUUUUGUAAAUGCCCUUUUGCCUUCAGUUAGAGAAUAUUGUCACUACAUCGUUAAAUGGAUUCUAUCAUUACUGGCUAGCAUGCAAUUUGGGGAAUUAAAAGGUUGUAUCACCUUGUCUCACCUGGGCUUCUCGUGCCAGUUUCUCUCUCUCUCUCCCUGCCUGCCACUGGAGACAAAGUGACCAUUCCUCACACCAAGCCAUUAAUGUGGCUUGAUUGAAAUUCAGCAUCUUGCUUUUAAUCUCCAAAGUGAUGCGGCAGCGAUGCGUCAUUAUUGGGAAUCUAACGCGUUGUCCUCCCAUCUCUCACCCCGGCCGUCCGGCAGCCGCUCGCCUCUCCGACUUAAUGUGCCAAGGAAGCGAGACAAAACUGUGAUUAACGCCAAGUCACUCUGCCUGCUGUCCUGCUCUGAGAAGGGCCAAUGUCACUGUCCGCUUGCCUGCUCACAGAGGGUACAAAAGUCUGUUGUUGCAGUGGAAUCAAUCAUCAUUCAUUAGUCUCAGUUUCCAUACUCUUUGGGUGUGUGUGUCUGAAAACAGGUUGUGUAUUCGUAUUGUAAAUCAUCUCCAAUCUCUGUAUUUUGUAUUCCCCUGUUCCCAUGUUUUCAGUGCUUAUACCCUGAGCUUCAAAUACUCAAAUAGGUGCAAAGGGAGAGAUUUAAGGAGAAAACAAUCAGCCAAUCUAAGUGGCAUAAGUCUACGUCAAGCCAUCCACAUCCAAUUUUUGUGUGUUUAUUCUGUUGUCUUGUAGUUGUUGUUGUAUUGUUGAAAUUCUAAGGACCAACAAGGACAGCGCUGAAAUACACAUGGUGUACGAACAGAAUUAAAUGGUGAAAUGAUGUUGGUAGUGCAGUAUGACCUUCCUAUGCUCUAAGACCGUGCACCCCUCCCACACGUGCUCUCCUCAAUUGUCUCUAUUUGUGAGUGGGGGAGUCUGAAGCUUGUUUCUCAAUGGCCUUGAGAGAGAGAAAAAAAUACCCAUAUUUUCUAGUUCCCUUAAGGAGACUCUCUGCGCUUGGUCUGCACCAAGUACGGCACACAAAGAAAAAGAUAGAGGGUGAGGGUGGGGUGAGGGUUAUUGUUACAGCCAAAGGUCAAGCACGGCACAGACUAUCAGACCCAUUAUUGAGGUAAAUACCUUUAUUUCAGGGCUUUUAGUCGCGCUGGUUCCAGCUAAUCUCCGAGUGGAAAAUAAAUGGAAUUUUCUAAGCAAAUGGGCCACACAAAGCAGUUAUGUUAACCUAUGCUUCAGACAUUCAGCAAUGCCCUGCUUUUGGAAAGAGAGCUAUAUAUGAUGUCUAAUUUUCCUAUAUUUAUUUAUGAAAGAGAUUGGUCUUUGUCACUCCUAAAUGUGGUAGUUGUUUGAGUCAACUCCUUUCCCCUUCCUUUUUUUCUCUGUGUUUUUUAAGAUGUCACUCUCCCUUUGCCCCUUUUACUGACUUUUAUUUUGUACAAAAUCUAUAUAUUAAGAAUAUUGUAUAAUAGUUUUUAAAAAUCUCAAAAUAAUAUCAGUUUUGUUGUCUAUUUCUUUUCUAAGAGAAUGUAUCUCAUCAUCUGGUGACUGUUAAAUAAAUGAAAUUAAAAGAAA